AAUAUAUAAAUUGUUCUUUGUUAACUUAGCUCUUGUAGUUUAUAAGUGCAUGACUGUAUAUAUACAUGUAUGUAUAGUCUUUUAAAAAGUUAUGUUCAAAAGUAACACAAGCUUGCUGUGACAGUACAGUUUGCAUGUAAUUGAGCAUGUGGUGCAACAAUUGAUCGUAAAGUGUACACAUUUAAAGUUCUAUUGCUGUAUUCCACAGAUAUUUGUAUAUAAAUUUAUAAAUAUGUCUUUUAUUAAUCUGUGAAGUUGCACAUUAUAUUUUUCAGUCAGAUGAUCCAAUACAUGCAUUCAAAUAUUCCAGAAGUGUCUCAUUUGUUCUGUGUGUGACAUGUUUUAGUGUUCAUUUACUAGUAAGAUUAUUGAUCGGUUAUCAGUGGUCUAAAUUUGUAAACAAAUGUAUGACCUCAGUUGCAUUGCUGUUAAAUUUUUCUAGACUACAUGUAUCAAUAUUCCCUGACAACCAUAAGUUGGCCAAGGUCUGUAUAAUUGCUCAAGGAAACAGUUAAAUACAUGAAUUGGCUGAUUAGACUAGUGAAAUUGAAAGACUAUCUAAAUGCCAAAAUUGGUUUCGAGUCCUGCAUUCAGGGUUUAAAAUUGCUUUCAUUAGUUAGUUCAUUAGUUGGAUCAGGUGAAGAUGGGCUUGAUUAGGCAAAAUAACUCUUAUCUCAGCACAUUCCUAGUUGCAAAAACUUUUAGCCCUGCAUCUCUCUAAAUCUCAUCCAUCUGGGUGUGAAUCAAAGAGCAUUUAAUAUCUCUUAUCUGAGCAGAAAACUAAGGAAUGUGCCCGAUCAGCAGUAUUUGCAUAAAUGUUACUUGAUAAUCAUUUAAGCUUCUUAAUUUGCAUUCCACCGUGGGAAAAUACCUGUGCAUUGAACCAUAAAAUAACUUAGUCCACCUUUCACAAAGUGGGAUAAGAUCUACAUGUACUGAGCUUGGCAUGAUUUUGCAGAAGUCCAGAAAUAAUUUGUUAAUAAGUUUAGUCAUAUCAUAUGGCUUCACUUGGGUUUUAACUUGGAAGUUCACAAUUCAGAAACCAGAGGGAAGCCGGUUCCUGUACGUCAUAGUUUUAUGUCUGAUAUGGGGCUCUGUAAAUAUGCCUUUUGUUUUGUUGGGGGUCAUUGUUAUCAACAAUAACACAUUAGAAACAACUCAACUAUCAUUCAGUUAACUUUUUGUGUAGGGCAAGUGAGGGCAAAUCCAGAUAUUGAUCCAGCAGCACAAUGACUGAGCUAAUAUACGGGGAAUACGCCACAGUCUUCCCAUGAGAAAACUCCAACCAAAUCUGUGCAUGAAACAUCAUCUGCCUUCAGCUAUUAGAAAGGUCAUAAGAUCACAGCUCUCUGAAAUAGCGGUGAUGAUAUCAGGAGGCUUCAUGCCGUGAAUUCUUUCAGUUUUGCUGCAGUUGCACAUCCGAAUGUGUGGAGUACGGUAAAAGAGAAAGUUACUAGCGUGAGGUUUGAAGGCAACAUUAGUGUCGAGAUCCGGAAACACUCUUACUAGAAUCAGAGAAGAAUUAUCAAUGGCUAAUAUCACUGAAUCAUUUUGCAAUGACAUUGAUGGUAACAGGAUAAAACAUGGAGACCCAUUUGUGCCUGAAGGAAAUGAUUUUUGUCUGCACUGUAAAUGCUUGAGUGGACAAGCAGAGGAGUGUUUCACAACAGAGUGUGCGGUGCCAACAUGCAAAGACUACAAGGCUGUACCUGGAAAAUGUUGUGCUUAUACAUGCCCAUCAGGUAUUAAUUCUGAGGGUGUAGAGUUGGCAAUAAUCAUCAGCUUAUCAGUGGGCCUGUUACUCCUUCUCAUCCUCCUAAUAGUUGUCAUUGACAGAAAUAGGAAGAAAAAUCAAAGAAAUCGAAUGAGAAAUGAAGUUUUGGAGCAAACACAAAAUUUAAGACCAAGACCUCUCAAUAACAGACUUACGUCCAUCAGAGAAGAAAAUGACGAUGGCGUGGAACCACCUCCCCCCUACACUCCUGGGAGAGGGAGAUACAGUUUUCGAAAACCACACUAUGCAUCUCCUCAGUUUACACCAAAUGAGCCACCUCCCCCUUAUGAAAUUGACUCAAGAGAGGCCACAGAUGUAUAGCAGAGGCUGAUGGCUCUCUUCAGUUGUAUCAAAAUAUUUAUUUUAACCGCCCCAGCACCAACUCUUGUGGGGUAAAUGACAUAGCUAGUCUGAGAAAGCAACCAGAAGACCAGUCAGUUUGGUUCAUUUCAUACAUAGCUGUUUGUUUGAGUUGGUCUUGACAAUGCCGCUAUGUAAUUCAUGACUGGUUCUGUACAAGAUGCAGAUCCGAAGAAAGGAUAAAAAGAAUUUGGAAACCUGCUGUUCUGCAUUAAAAGAACUAUUUGAGUGAGACUGAACGAUGGUAUCAGAAACCAUAAAUCCCAUGGUACUGGAGAAUUUUGCCCUCUACAAGAAGUUAUCAAAGACACCAUAGGGGCUGAAAGGGCACUGCUCCUAAUAAUGUAUUUAAAACAAUUCCAAUCCAUACAGAAAGAUGAAGACCAC